AUGUCUGAUCACUUGUCUGAUACCGAGUCCCAGCAUUCACCCAAACAUUCUUCACCUAAAACUGAAAUACCUCAAUCUGUCAGGACAUACCAUGAAAAUCACCCUGUUCAGAUCACAACAAUUCGACUGAACGGUCCUAAUUAUUUUCGGUGGUCACAGUCUGUCCGUUUGUAUCUCAGGGGGAGAGGAAAAAUUGGCUACAUCACUGGAGACAAGAAACAACCAGACAAGGAAGGUGCAGACUACGAUAGUUGGGAUGCUGAAAAUUCCAUGGUCAUGACAUGGCUAGUCAAUUCCAUGACUGAAGAGAUAGGUGCAAACUAUCUUUGUUAUGCUACUGCAAAAGAUCUUUGGGAAAGUGUCUCUCAGAUGAACCCUAUCCCUCCAAUUGGUGAAGUAUUUGCUGAAGUGCGUCGCGAAGAGAGUCGCAGGCAGGUGAUGCUUGAAAAAAAGGCUGCCAUUGUCCCUCCACCAUUCGAAGGAUCUGCAUUGGCCGUUCCUCAAGUCAAUCGCAAACCUUUCCCUAAUCCACGAGGUGGUGACAAGAAUCAUUUAGUUUGCGACUACUGUGGUCAAAAUCGUCACACUCGGCAAAACUGUUUCAAACUACAUGGUAGGCCAAAUAAUAGAAAGGCUGGAAGGUUUGGUGAUCGCCCUAUGUCUACAACCAAUGAGGCUGACUCGUCUCCAUUUACUAAGGAGCAAAUGGAUCAUAUUUUUAAACUUCUAAAGUUCAAUUCAUCACCUAAUGUUCCUGUUGCAACUAUGGUACAAACAGGACCAGAACUCGGGGAAGACGAUUGGAACUGCUAG